UCAACAACAGAAAUAUUAGGUACCUUGCACAUGCAGGACUCGCUUCAAAAAUCACCGAAAGCGGAGCGUUCAAUCGGGUAAGCAGAGCACGCGGACUCCGGCCGGCGUCGGCUGAAGACGGGUUUCCUUCGGACUUCCGCCGCGAACUCGCCAGGUAUAAAGCCAAGGAGCCGAACCUAAACCACCCCAUCACCUAAUUUUCCCAUGUCUCAACGGAGUUUACUCUACUCGUCUCAAACGCAAAAUCCUCGUCUCAUCUGCCUAUCCGAACCCAGUAAAUCUCCCUCAUCCACCCCCAUCACUAUACUCCCCUUUGAAGUUCAAACCCCCCCCCUCCCCCCCACGAUGACGACCCCAACCCUCCCAACCCUGGCGGCCCGCGCAAAGGCCUUCAAAGCCCUCCACGUGCCCGGCACACCCCUGGUGCUCGCCAACGUGCACGACGCCACUUCGGCACGAAUCGUCGCCUCGCUCCCGCAAUGCCGCGCCCUCGCCUCGGCGAGCUACGCGCUCGCCAAGACGAUCGGCAUCGAAGACGAGCAGCUGACGCUGGACCAGAACCUGCGUCUGCUGGCGCCCAUCGCGGCCGUGGCGCACGAGUUUGGCUUGCCCUUUACUGUGGACAUCCAGGACGGGUAUGGUGAUCGGCUGGCUGAGACUGUUCGGAGGGUUAUUGUCGAGUUGGGGGCUGUGGGUGUGAAUUUGGAGGAUUCGCAUCAUGAGGAUGGGCGGAUGGUGGGCGAGGAGGAGGCGGUUGAGCGGGUGAAGAGGGCCUUGGAGGUCGCGAGGGAAGUUGGCGUGCCGGAUUUUGUGGUUAAUGCGAGGUCGGAUAGCUUUUUGGUGGGUGGUGAGUUGGAUGAGUCGAUUCGGAGGGGGAAGAGGUACCUUGAGGCUGGGGCGACGACGGUGUUUGUGUUCUGGCCGUUGGACAAGGAUGUGCGGGAGGAGGAUCUGAAGCGUGUGGUGGAUGCGUUGGAGGGGAGGGUGAAUCUCAACCCGAGGAAAGCGUCGCAGGUGCAGAGCAAGGCGCUGACUAGUGCGGAUCUCGCCAGACUGGGUGCAGCGCGGGUCAGUGUUGGGCCGCUGCUGUAUCGCGUUGCUGCGCAGGCGCUGACGGCCGCGGCGAACGAGGUGUUUGGUGUUUGAUAACUUGGUGGAUUUCAGCUAGCAGGGUGAAGGGUUUGAAAAAAAGAGCUCGGUGACUUGAUGAAA